AUGACAGACCAGGACUCCGGCUUGAGGCACUCUCGCUUCCAGGCGAUCGUGACAGAGUUGGAUCUGAGCUUGGGGCUCGCUCUGAUCUUUGAUGGCCGUCUGCCAAGCUCCCUGUCCCAGCCCAAUCCCUCGCGUCAGUAUAAGCCCAGACCGGACCCCGACUCUGAUCUGGCACCGACGCUCCACCUCUUUGUUGACACUACCCGGACGGAGGCGUGGCAGCAGGAGAGGGAGCAAGCGGAAGCGCACCCUUAUGGCGCCCACGGCUGUAGGUCGACGAUAAACGCGCACCAAGUUCAAGAGAAGAGGACGAUAGAGGCGAGCUCCCCUCCUGCGUACCCCCAGAAGACUGUGAACGAGGAGAAGACUGGUUCCGUGGUGCUACCGGUCGUAUACCAUGUUGCUGCUGCCCCGGAGAGGGCCAAGGCUGCUCAAGACGCUUGGGUCGAGUUGUCGACCGGGAAGAGCGUCUAG